GUUAGCAGCCAUGUUUGUUUAAUAAUUGAUGCCGCUACAUCUACGUUUUUCAACGUUUUGUGUCUGAAAAUAUUAAAUAUAAUGUUAAGUAAAUAAGUGCUUUAAUACUAAAGGACAAAUAUGUCUUUGCCACCUUAUUUACUGGGCCCAAAUCCCUGGUUAAUGGCUCAACAGCAGUUAGCUGCAGCUCAUGCUCAAGCUCAGGCUGCUGCUGCUCAAGCUCAUGCCCAAGCUUUACAACAACAAAUUCCUCCUCCACACCCAAAAUCAGAUAUUAUAACAGAGGAUAAACUUCAAGAAAAAGCCCAAAAAUGGCAUCAGUUACAAUCAAAAAGGUUUGCAGACAAAAGAAAGUUGGGUUUUGUAGAAGCCCAAAAAGAAGAUAUGCCACCAGAGCAUAUUAGAAAAAUUAUAAGGGAUCAUGGGGAUAUGAGCAGUCGUAAAUACAGACAUGAUAAAAGAGUUUAUUUAGGAGCUUUAAAAUAUAUGCCCCAUGCAGUUAUGAAAUUAUUGGAAAAUAUGCCUAUGCCUUGGGAGCAAAUUAGAGAUGUGAAAGUUUUAUAUCACAUUACAGGUGCUAUUACAUUUGUAAAUGAAAUUCCUUGGGUUGUUGAGCCUAUUUAUAUUGCUCAAUGGGGUACUAUGUGGAUCAUGAUGAGAAGAGAAAAACGGGACCGUAGACAUUUUAAAAGAAUGAGGUUUCCUCCUUUUGAUGAUGAAGAACCUCCUCUAGAUUAUGCUGAUAAUGUUUUAGAUGUUGAACCUCUAGAAGCAAUUCAAAUUGAACUAGAUGCUGAAGAAGACUCUGCAAUUGCAAAGUGGUUCUACGAUCACAAACCACUUGUUGGUUCCAAAUUUGUUAAUGGCUCCACAUACAGAAAGUGGAAUUUAUCCUUGCCAAUGAUGGCUACUUUGUAUCGGUUGGCAAAUCAAUUACUUACUGAUUUAGUAGAUACAAAUUAUUUUUAUUUGUUUGAUACAAAAAGUUUUUUUACUGCUAAAGCUUUAAAUAUGGCUAUACCAGGAGGGCCAAAAUUUGAACCCCUUAUUAAAGAUAUGAAUCCAGCUGAUGAAGAUUGGAAUGAAUUUAAUGAUAUCAACAAAAUUAUAAUUCGUCAACCUAUUAGAACUGAAUAUAGGAUAGCUUUUCCUUACUUGUAUAAUAAUAUGCCACAUUUUGUACAUCUAUCCUGGUAUCAUGCACCUAACGUUGUUUACAUAAAAACCGAAGAUCCUGAUUUGCCCGCGUUUUAUUUUGAUCCCCUUAUCAACCCCAUAUCUCAUAGACACGCGGUGAAGAGUUUAGAACCUUUACCCGAGGAUGACGAGGAAUAUAUUUUACCUGAAACGGUACAACCAUUCUUGCAAGAAACGCCUCUGUAUACCGACAAUACUGCUAAUGGUAUCGCUCUACUUUGGGCGCCACGACCGUUUAAUAUGAGAUCAGGCAGAUGCAGAAGGGCGAUAGACGUACCAUUAGUAAAAUCUUGGUACAUGGAGCAUGUUCCACCAGGUCAACCUGUGAAAGUCCGCGUCAGUUACCAAAAAUUACUGAAAUAUUACGUACUUAACGCUUUAAAACACAGAGCCCCCAAACCUCAGAAAAAGCGGUAUCUGUUUAGAUCAUUUAAAUCAACAAAAUUCUUUCAAACCACAACCCUUGAUUGGGUUGAAGCUGGUUUACAAGUCUGCAGACAAGGUUAUAACAUGUUAAAUCUGUUAAUUCAUAGAAAGAAUUUGAAUUACUUACAUUUGGAUUACAAUUUCAACUUGAAACCUGUUAAAACAUUGACAACCAAGGAGAGAAAAAAGUCGCGUUUUGGAAACGCUUUCCACUUGUGCCGUGAAAUUCUUCGUCUAACAAAAUUAAUAAUUGAUUCCCACGUACAAUAUAGAUUAAAUAACGUGGACGCUUUUCAACUGUCUGACGGUUUACAAUACAUAUUCGCCCAUGUCGGCCAACUUACUGGAAUGUACAGAUACAAAUACAAACUUAUGAGGCAAAUCCGCAUGUGCAAAGAUCUUAAGCAUCUGGUGUACUAUCGUUUUAACACAGGUCCAGUUGGUAAAGGUCCUGGUUGUGGAAUCUGGGCUCCAGGUUGGAGAGUGUGGCUGUUCUUUAUGAGGGGUAUUACUCCGCUUCUUGAAAGAUGGCUGGGUAACUUGUUGUCGCGUCAGUUCGAGGGUCGUCACUCUAAAGGUGUGGCAAAAACGGUCACCAAGCAAAGGGUUGAGUCUCACUUUGAUCUUGAGUUGAGAGCAUCUGUUAUGCAUGAUAUUGUUGAUAUGAUGCCUGAAGGCAUAAAACAGAACAAGGCUAGAACAAUUUUGCAGCAUUUGUCCGAAGCUUGGAGAUGUUGGAAGGCGAAUAUUCCCUGGAAAGUACCUGGGCUACCAAUUCCCAUCGAAAACAUGAUCCUUCGUUACGUUAAAAUGAAAGCCGAUUGGUGGACAAACACCGCUCACUAUAACAGAGAAAGAAUACGUAGAGGAGCCACUGUCGAUAAAACCGUCUGCAAAAAGAACUUAGGUCGCUUAACCAGGCUGUACCUUAAAGCUGAACAAGAAAGACAACAUAACUACCUUAAAGACGGUCCUUACAUUUCCCCUGAAGAAGCCGUUGCCAUUUAUACAACCACUGUGCAUUGGUUGGAGUCCAGAAGAUUCGCCCCCAUACCUUUUCCACCGCUUUCCUAUAAACACGACACCAAACUGCUAAUUUUGGCUUUGGAAAGGCUUAAAGAAGCAUACAGCGUAAAAUCCAGGUUAAAUCAAAGUCAAAGAGAAGAACUUGGUCUCAUUGAACAAGCCUACGAUAAUCCACACGAAGCUUUAUCGAGAAUCAAACGUCAUUUGUUGACACAAAGAGCUUUUAAAGAAACGGGGAUUGAAUUUAUGGAUUUGUACAGCCACUUGAUACCAGUGUAUGAUGUUGAACCCUUAGAAAAAAUUACAGAUGCCUAUUUAGAUCAAUACCUUUGGUAUGAAGCCGAUAAAAGAAGAUUGUUUCCGCCAUGGAUCAAACCUGCAGACACGGAACCACCGCCGUUACUUGUAUACAAAUGGUGUCAAGGCAUAAACAACCUUCAGGAGGUUUGGGACGUAAACGAGGGCGAAUGUAACGUUUUGCUGGAAUCGAAAUUUGAAAAACUUUAUGAAAAAAUCGAUUUGACCCUGCUGAACAGACUUUUGCGUCUCAUCGUUGAUCACAACAUCGCCGAUUACAUGACGGCCAAGAACAACGUUGUUAUUAAUUACAAAGACAUGAAUCACACAAACAGUUACGGAAUCAUAAGAGGACUUCAGUUUGCCUCGUUUGUCACGCAGUAUUACGGUUUGGUAUUGGAUUUGUUAGUUCUCGGCCUACAGAGGGCGUCCGAAAUGGCGGGCCCACCCCAAAUGCCCAACGACUUUUUGACUUUUCAAGAUGUUGCAACAGAAAGCUGUCAUCCAAUCAGAUUGUACUGCAGAUAUGUCGACAGAAUACACAUGUUCUUUAGGUUUUCUGCUGAAGAAGCUAAAGACCUGAUUCAAAGGUAUUUAACAGAACAUCCUGAUCCAAACAACGAAAACAUCGUUGGUUAUAACAACAAAAAAUGCUGGCCCAGGGACGCUAGGAUGCGUCUUAUGAAACACGAUGUUAACUUGGGCAGGGCCGUAUUCUGGGACAUUAAAAAUCGUCUACCGAGAUCUGUAACUACUAUCCAAUGGGAGAACAGUUUUGUCAGCGUUUAUUCAAAGGAUAAUCCAAAUCUUUUGUUUAACAUGUCCGGAUUUGAGUGUAGGAUUUUGCCUAAAUGUCGCACGCAACACGAAGAAUUCACCCAUCGCGAUGGUGUUUGGAAUUUGCAACAUGAAGGCAGUAAAGAAAGAACCGCUCAAUGUUUCUUGAGAGUUGAUGAUGAAUCAAUGUCAAGGUUUCACAACAGAGUCCGACAGAUUUUGAUGGCUUCUGGAUCUACCACGUUCACAAAGAUCGUCAACAAAUGGAACACAGCCCUUAUAGGUCUAAUGACAUAUUUUAGAGAAGCUGUGGUAAACACGCAAGAACUGCUAGACUUGUUGGUAAAGUGCGAGAACAAAAUUCAAACUCGUAUCAAAAUCGGUCUUAACUCUAAAAUGCCCAGCAGAUUCCCGCCCGUGGUGUUCUAUACUCCCAAAGAAUUGGGCGGGUUGGGUAUGUUGUCGAUGGGUCACGUUUUAAUUCCGCAGUCCGAUUUAAGAUGGUCUAAACAGACCGACGUUGGCAUCACACAUUUUCGUUCAGGUAUGAGCCACGACGAGGACCAGCUAAUUCCCAAUUUGUAUCGUUACAUACAGCCGUGGGAGUCGGAGUUUAUCGACUCCCAGCGUGUCUGGGCCGAGUACGCACUCAAAAGACAGGAAGCAAAUGCGCAAAACAGGCGUUUGACAUUGGAAGAUUUGGAAGAUUCCUGGGAUCGCGGUAUUCCCAGGAUAAACACGCUCUUCCAGAAGGACAGGCACACCUUGGCUUACGACAAGGGCUGGAGAAUCCGAACGGAGUUCAAGCAGUAUCAAGUUUUGAAACAGAAUCCGUUCUGGUGGACUCACCAAAGACACGAUGGCAAACUUUGGAACUUGAAUAACUACAGAACAGACAUGAUUCAAGCGUUGGGAGGUGUUGAAGGUAUUCUAGAACACACUUUGUUCAAAGGUACAUAUUUUCCCACUUGGGAAGGUCUUUUCUGGGAAAAGGCUUCUGGUUUUGAGGAAUCCAUGAAGUACAAAAAGCUCACCAACGCCCAAAGAUCCGGUUUGAACCAGAUUCCCAAUCGUAGAUUUACGCUUUGGUGGUCACCUACAAUUAACAGGGCCAACGUUUACGUUGGAUUUCAGGUACAACUCGAUUUGACCGGUAUUUUUAUGCACGGUAAAAUUCCAACUCUCAAAAUCUCUUUGAUUCAAAUAUUCAGGGCUCACUUGUGGCAGAAGGUCCAUGAGUCGAUAGUCAUGGAUCUUUGUCAGGUCUUUGAUCAAGAAUUGGACGCUUUGGAAAUUGAAACAGUUCAAAAAGAAACAAUCCAUCCCAGAAAGUCAUACAAAAUGAACUCGUCUUGUGCCGAUAUUUUACUGUUCUCUGCUUACAAAUGGAAUGUAUCCAGACCGUCCUUACUGGCAGACACAAAAGAUACCAUGGACAACACAACCACCCAAAAAUACUGGAUAGACGUGCAACUGAGAUGGGGUGAUUACGAUUCCCAUGACGUUGAGCGUUACGCCCGUGCCAAAUUCUUGGAUUACACCACAGACAACAUGUCCAUCUAUCCAUCACCAACUGGUGUAUUGAUCGCCAUAGAUUUGGCCUACAACUUGCACAGCGCCUACGGAAACUGGUUCCCUGGUUGCAAACCUUUGAUUCAACAGGCGAUGGCAAAAAUAAUGAAGGCGAACCCCGCGCUAUAUGUAUUAAGAGAGCGUAUCCGUAAAGCUCUCCAAUUGUACUCUAGUGAACCUACUGAACCCUACUUGUCGAGUCAAAAUUACGGAGAAUUGUUCUCGAAUCAAAUCAUUUGGUUCGUUGAUGACACCAAUGUGUACCGUGUCACCAUCCACAAGACUUUUGAGGGAAAUUUGACGACGAAGCCAAUCAAUGGCGCUAUAUUUAUUUUUAACCCCAGAACUGGACAGUUGUUCUUGAAAAUUAUUCAUACUUCUGUAUGGGCCGGACAAAAACGUUUGGGACAAUUGGCAAAAUGGAAGACCGCCGAAGAAGUAGCCGCUCUAAUUCGUUCGCUUCCCGUAGAAGAACAACCCAAACAAAUCAUCGUUACCAGAAAAGGAAUGUUGGAUCCUCUUGAAGUGCAUCUUCUUGAUUUCCCCAACAUCGUUAUCAAAGGAUCCGAACUACAACUGCCUUUCCAGGCUUGCCUCAAGAUAGAAAAGUUCGGCGAUUUGAUUUUGAAAGCUACCGAACCUCAGAUGGUUCUGUUCAAUCUUUACGACGAUUGGUUGAAGACCAUUUCGUCUUACACCGCCUUCUCCAGGUUGAUUUUGAUAUUAAGGGCAUUACACGUCAAUACAGAAAGAACUAAGGUUAUUCUUAAACCAGACAAAACCACAAUUACCGAGCCGCAUCAUAUUUGGCCUACGCUUUCUGACGAUGAAUGGAUUAAAGUUGAAGUGCAACUUAAGGAUCUUAUUUUGGCGGAUUACGGAAAAAAGAACAACGUGAACGUUGCUUCUCUAACCCAAUCAGAAAUUCGCGAUAUUAUUCUCGGUAUGGAGAUCAGCGCGCCAUCUGCUCAGAGACAACAGAUCGCCGAGAUCGAAAAGCAAACGAAGGAACAGUCGCAACUCACUGCUACUACUACAAGAACUGUCAACAAACACGGCGAUGAAAUUAUUACCAGCACCACGAGCAAUUACGAGACGCAGACGUUCAACUCGAAGACUGAAUGGAGAGUGAGGGCAAUUUCAGCAACUAAUUUGCAUUUGAGGACAAACCACAUUUAUGUCAGUUCGGAUGAUAUUAAAGAGACUGGAUACACCUAUAUUUUGCCCAAGAACGUCUUGAAGAAGUUUGUCACCAUUUCCGAUCUUAGAGCACAAAUUUGCGGCUUUUUGUAUGGCGUCAGCCCGCCCGACAAUCCUCAAGUGAAGGAACUGCGCUGUUUAGUGCUGCCACCCCAAUGGGGCACACAUCAAACGGUUCACAUACCACACACGCCGCCAAACCAUCCGUUCCUCAAGGACAUGGAACCUCUAGGCUGGAUACACACACAACCCAACGAGUUGCCUCAACUGUCACCUCAGGAUAUCACCAAUCAUGCCAAACUGAUGGCCGAUAAUCCCGCUUGGGAUGGUGAAAAGACCGUUAUCAUUACAUGCUCAUUUACGCCCGGCUCUUGUUCGUUGACAGCGUAUAAGUUAACGCCCUCUGGGUUCGAGUGGGGCAGACAAAAUACUGAUAAAGGUAACAAUCCCAAAGGGUACUUGCCCAGUCACUACGAAAAGGUUCAGAUGUUGCUGUCUGAUAGGUUUCUAGGGUUCUUUAUGGUACCUACGCAGGGGUCUUGGAACUACAACUUUAUGGGUGUCAGACACGACCCAAGCAUGAAGUAUGAAUUGCAAUUAGCAAAUCCAAAAGAGUUUUACCAUGAAGUUCACAGGCCGGCUCAUUUCCUCAACUUUUCGUCUUUGGAAGACGGAGAUGGUGCUGGUGCCGAUCGCGAAGAUGCAUUCGCUUAAUUUAGUUUUUUUAUUUUAUAAACAUUAGAGUUGUAAAUACCAUUUGUAUAAGUUUUCUUUUAGUAAAUAAAGUCGAAACGAAAUAUUGAGAAAUA